CGUUCAGGGGGUAAUUUUGAUAUUAUGAGAAGAAUGGCAUGACCCCAUCGAUUCAAGAUCUUGAGUUUGGCGCGGCGUUGGAGGAGCGUCCUUUUCAUCCGACGAUGCCCCAGUAGUAGCUCCCCCGGCAAUCCUCCGCCAGUUCUCUGCAACUCUAGGGUUUCCAAGUCCACCUCGUUAUCGCUAUUCAUUUUUUUGCAGUAUACACACCAUGGAAGGACGUUGCGUCUCUUCUGACCAGGUUUUCGCCGAAUUGAUUGGAAUGGGAUUUGAGUUCUCUGAUGUUGCAGAAGCUGUAAAAGCUGUGGGGCCAUCAGUGGAGACUGCAGUUGAAUAUAUUUUGAAUGGGUCUCGUCGCAAUAGUACCGUUGCAUCAACUAGUUCUAAAUUGCCCAUAAGCAAUACGAAAGCCCUGGGCAAAAGAACAUUGUCAACCUCCUGUUCUUCGUAUCGAAUGCGACAAUCAACCAUUAAGGAACAUCUCCAAUCAGCAGGUAGACCCAAAAGAAGCAAAACCGAUAAUGUAUCUGACGUAUCGGUCUCUGGAUCUCAACUAUUGCUCGAACCUUUGAGAGAAUCAGAUGAGCCUCUUCAUGCAGUGGAGUCUAAUUUGAAAAUCGAGCAAGAGACAUUUUUACAGCGAUCUCCAGGCCAAGAAGAGCUGGAUAUUGGACCAGGCUGGGAGCAGAAAGUCAAGAAUCUGUUGCUUAAGCAUUUUGGGUUUUCAUCCUUGAAGAGUUUUCAAAAGGAUGCAGUGGCUGCUUGGUUAGCCCGGCGAGACUGCCUUGUUCUUGCAGCCACAGGAUCUGGGAAAUCCUUGUGUUUUCAGAUUCCAGCAUUAUUAACGGGGAAAGUUGUGGUUGCCAUUUCACCUUUGAUAAGUUUGAUGCAUGAUCAAUGCUUAAAGCUUGCAAAACAUGGCGUGUCAGCCUGUUUUCUUGGUUCUGGACAAACAGACAGCACCAUUGAGCAGAAAGCAAUGAGAGGCAUGUAUGACAUUAUAUAUGUCUGCCCAGAGACAAUCUUAAGACUGAUCAAACCUCUUCAAAGCCUUGCUGAAAGCCGUGGAAUUGCACUCUUUGCCAUAGAUGAAGUCCAUUGUGUUUCUAAGUGGGGUCAUGAUUUUCGACCCGACUACAGGCGGUUGUCCGUCUUAAGAGAGAACUUCAGAGCAGACAAGUUAAAAUUCCUAAGAUUUGACAUACCACUGAUGGCAUUGACUGCUACUGCCACUGCCGUCGUUCGAGAAGACAUCCUGAGCUCAUUGUGCAUGUCAAAUGAAACAUUGAUUGUGCUGACUUCAUUUUUCAGGCCGAAUCUCCGGUUCUCAGUAAAGGAUAGUAGAACAUCAUCUCCCAAAUCAUACGUGAAUGAUUUUCGUGAACUGAUUGAUAUAUACACCAGAAAGAAAAGGCCUGAUAAAAAGGAACAUGAUGUGGUGUUUCAAGAUAUGGAGCAUGAUUCAGACAGCUCCACUGAUACUUCAAAUGCUAGCAUAUUUGAUGCGGAUAAAAUGUCCCAGAUUGAAUUGGACAAUGUUGAGGAUCAAUCCUUUUCUGAAAAGGAUGAUGAUGUAAGUUCAGCCAAGGAAAGUCGGUUUCCAGCUUCAGAUGAAAAAAAAUUGUCCGUUGAAUAUUUAGAAGAUGAAUGUGAUCUUGUCCAGGGUGUGGAUGAUAUGGAUGUUUCCUGUGGUGAAUUCUUUGGUAAAUCACCUGAUGACUCAGAUAUUUUUGGGUCAUCUGAGAAGUAUGAUCUACAAAACAAAGAGGAGGAAAGAUUAAAACUUCGGCAAGGUCAUUUGGAAGGACCCACAAUAAUUUAUGUACCAACUAGAAAAGAAACAGUAAGCAUUGCAAACUUUCUUUGUAAGUUUGGAGUGAAGGCUGCUGCUUAUAAUGCAAAGUUGGCAAAAGGGCAUCUCAGGCAGGUCCACCAUGAAUUUCAUGAAAAUGCGUUAGAGGUAGUUGUUGCAACAAUUGCUUUUGGAAUGGGGAUUGACAAGUCAAAUGUACGAAGAAUCAUUCAUUAUGGUUGGCCCCAGAGUUUGGAAGCCUAUUACCAAGAAGCUGGUCGAGCAGGGCGGGAUGGAAAAUCAGCAGAUUGCAUUCUUUAUGCAAACCUGUCAAGAAUACCAUCACUUUUGCCGAGUCGAAGAAGUGAAGAUCAGACAAAACAAGCUUACAAGAUGUUAUCUGAUUGCUUCAGAUACGGAAUGAAUACUUCAAAUUGUCGAGCCAAGAUCCUUGUAGAGUAUUUUGGGGAGGAAUUUAGCCACAAGAAGUGUCAACUGUGUGAUGUUUGUGUAAAUGCUCCUCCAGAAAUGGUAAAUUUGAAGGCCGAGGCAGAUGCUUUUAUGCGUGUUGUUGCUGCUCAUUAUGGAGAGAGUUCUGCAGGCAGCUCAUAUGACAAUGUAAUCUCUGUUGGGAACAACCAAGUGAGACACAAGGAAAAGCCAAAUAUCUUGAUGUUCGUUGGUAGAAUAAGGGAGCAGUUUCCAAAGUUUAUUGCGAGUGAUAGGUUAUGGUGGCAAGGUCUUGCUCGUAUUUUAGCAGAUAAAGGGUUUAUCAGAGAGGGAGGUGAUAUGAUCCGUGUUCAGAUAAAGUUCCCUGAACCAACAAAACUCGGAUUGGAAUUUUUGAAUUGCAAUGGGGGGCAACCCUUCUACAUAUAUCCAGAAGCAGAUAUGCUGCUCUCUAUGAGGAAUGACAAACCUUAUUCAAGUUUCUCAGAAUGGGGAAAAGGCUGGGCUGAUCCUGAGAUCCGUCGUCAGCGUUUAGGGAAAAUGAGAGUAAGAAGGAAUCCAAGAAAGAGAAGAUCAAGAAAACGUCAGCCAGAUCCGAAGACAGCCCGAGGAAGGUUAGCCGCAAAACUCUCGAAACAGAAAUAAUGAUAAACCUUGGUCAUUCAGUUAUCAACCUUUUCUUUUCCUGUUGAGACUACACUGCGUCAUUCAACUUGGACAAACUGUUUUGUAGCAAUCAUUGGGUUGUUCAUUCUUGUAUAUCUAAAUUCCAUAAGGCCAUUUGAUCAAGGAUGUGCUUUCAAAGUUUUGUAGUCCAUUGUUUGGUUACUUUUUGACUUUUCAAUUGAAGUGAGGCAUGUUGAAAGCUGAACAUAUGUAAGUGCAAUGGUAGUGUUCCGUUGAAAAA